AUUCGGCCGCGCAAUUUUCCAAUCGUAAAUUUAUAUAACCAUAAUUUUCGCACUUUUUCGUCUGAAUAUAAAGUAAAAUAUGUAUCAUGCACGAUUCAUCGGGAGUAUAAAGUGUUGUCGUAUUCUUAUGAUUAGUGCACGCGCAAUAAUAAUUAAUCGUGUUUUUGCGAGUGAGUGGCACGUGAAUAUCAAUGAAAAAGCAGCAAGUAUCAGGCAAGAAAGAAAAAGAAAAUCUGGGAAAACAUCGAGCAAUGGCGAAACAUGAAUUUGCAGAUAGCCGUAUCAACUCCACCGCACGACUCACUUCUCCGAAGUUAACGUACCAUCCUCGCUAUCAACAAUACGGCAUUCCUCGUUGUACUUGCAACAGUAACGGGGGUGAUACGCGGAUCUCUCAAAACGAAAAUCGCAAGUGGUCCAAGGAAGAGCUCGAAGUCAGAAACGAGCAGUGGACGCGGAAGAACCGGGUCGUGAGAGUUCCGGGCGGUAUAGCCUUUGAUUGUGAUGUGGUGGAGCCCCCCGGGGGGCCACGGGGGCAGGAGGUCAGAGGAAGAUCGGUCGUGAGGGCAACAAGCACGGCUCGGCUGCCUCGAGGCGAGAUCGCCGGUAGGGCGGAAGAGGAGGUAGGAUGGUGUGACCUCCGGCGUCAUCCCGCCCAACGCGGAGGUGGUGCUGGAGGUGGCGGAGGUGACGGUGGAGUCGAGCAGCUGCUGCCCGACUCGGAGGAAGAGGAGUCGACGGCGAUGUCGAGGCAGCUUCGAGGUGAACGGGACCACGUGAGCCGCGACUACCAAGAGGGCUACCUCGGUGACUUUCGGGACUUGCGCGACCUCAGGGAUUUCAGAGACUUCCAUCGAGAUCCCCUCGGAGACAUCAGGGACGAUCGAGACAGUCAGGGACACAGAGAAGGACCCGUUGCCGGCAGGACUUAUCGGGACGACUAUCCGGAAGAAUACGAUCAUCGUCCCACCGCUGCAUCUACCUCGGCGAAUCUCACCAACAACCCGGGUGGGACGUAUUCUCGCUACCGUGUUUGCCGUAUCUUCUCAUUUGUAGCUGCAUUCAUCGUCCGUUCUUUCCCGCUGUUCGCUUCUCGAGAGUCAGACUCGCUAAUGAGAGGGACGAGAACCCGGAGGGCGAGAGAUGACGGAGAUGACAAGGUGGAAAAUGGAAUCUGCUCUCUCGGACGACGCUUUUUUAGCGAGUGAAUAUGACUCGCGAUAUGCGAAACUGGGUCAGUUCUCUACGCGAUAACGCGAUUCCGAUAUAUUAAUUUGCUCGAAUAUAAUAGAAACCGUCAUUUAUUUAAUUUUUAGCAAAGUGCAAAAAUGAUAAAUAAUUUAUUUAAUUUUAUUACCUUUCGAAAAAUUAUAGAUAUCUUACAACAUAAUAUUACACAACUCACUUUUAUAUUUUGCAAUUAAGAGAUGCUGCUAUAUUCAUCGCAAACCCGCAAAUGCAAAUAUCAAUUUUUUUUUGUUUGAGCAACGGUAUCUUGUGGAGAGAUUAACUGAUUUCUUCGUGGCUUGCGAGAUGAGUUGUCACGUUGAAUGUGAUGUUUGUAAUUACGCUGAUAUAUAUCUUCGCAUAAUCGUAUUAUUGCACGGUCUUUCGUGCGAGUUGUUCGAUUAUAGCGAGCAAUCAUUUCGCUGUCAUUUUAUUUGUCCUAGUCAAGUCGAGAAUAUCGAACGAUUUGAUUUCUUUCAGCCUCUUUAAUAUUAAUAUACUUUUGUUCGUAGAUCUUAAAUUUAUGCUUUAUCUUCGAGAAUUGAAAUUAAUUCUGCAUUAUUUAAUUAAUUCUUUAAAUAUUUAAAUUGUGUGUAUAUUAACAAAUUAUGCUUCUUUUUUUAUUAUUAAAAUUUUUAAGCAUUAAAAGAAUUGUAAAGCAUGAUGCUACGUUUCAGAUGCUUCGAAAAUAAUACUGUGUGGAAUUUAUAUGUUCAUAAUUAAAAUAUUCAAAUUGCUCAUAUGCAUUUAUUAAUAACAUUUUAUUUAGAAAAUUCUAUUGAUGCCAAGAUGGUCAGAAUUCACUCGCUUCGAUCAUCUUAUUGAGAUGUUACAUUGUGUUGAUCAGUUUGUCGACUUAUCGAAUUGCAGUAACGCCUUCCGUUCGUGACCAUUCGCGAGAGUCGCGCGCCUCCUUUAAUCGAUAUCGUUAGGUAACGACACGGGCGUGUUCGCAUCCAUCACUCCGCGCAUUUAUUAUUAAACCCUUUACUUUCAUUGAUUCAAGAAUCCCGCAUGCUUCGUAAUCGUAUGUCUGUAAUUAUGCAAAUGCCGGCCGCGUACAUUACACUCGCAACAUGUAAUUGCUAUACACGUGAUAAUCGUGUGUAAAUUUAAACGGGGCCGCGGAUCCACGAUGAACGAUCGAUCGUCAUUGUUUACCGGCUAGAUCAGCUGUCUUUUCGAAUUACCGUGACCGGCAAUUAAUGCGCGAGAUACAAUGAAUAAACACACCGUUUGAAAGUGAAAAUUGCAUAGUCGGGAAAGAGAGUAAGGGCGAUGCCAGAAACAUCGCCAGAAAAUCAUAUCGUGGAAUAUGUAAUUUUUCUUGCGCGCGCGCUCGAUUGUUCGUGCAUUGUCAAAGUUUCCGAUGUAUUACGCGCGCGCAUGCCGGUGUGUAUAUAUGUGUGCGUGACAAUGUGUGUUUAUGUCAUAUAUACUGCACUGCAGCAAGCGGAAAUCGAAUCUAUGACCCUUUUACUGAUGAUAUUCUGUCGUGCUCUAGAAACUUUAUGAAGUUGGAUAUUUCUAACUUUAUUGUAUACAAAUAACAACCAGAAAUGUUUUUAAGGAGGAACUGGACGGAUCAGCUACGUCAAAAGUUAAUAAAUCUAAUACAAUUCAAGAUUCAUGAAUUUGACAUUGCGUACAAUUUUUAAAAGCAUUUUUAGCUUUUUAAAAAAUA